AUGGCCGACUCCGUCAGCACCAAAAUUCUCCCCAGAAUCGACACUACAAUGUCGUCAUUACACACAGAGUCCGUCGAGGACAGGCUGCUCUCAGCAACAGCCGCCGUGCUGAGCUUGCCGCGCAAUAGCAUUGAGCUGUUUGACUCGUUCGGUGACCUUGGAGGAGACCGCGCUGCCGCCAUCGAGCUAAGAAAAAGGUGCAUGAGCCUCGGACUCGGGGUCAGGACGAGCGACAUUCUGCGCUGUCACACCUUGGCGGAGCUUCAGACCUGCAUCACCCCCUUCGGUCAGACCGCGCCCGUAUCCAAGGAGGAGUCCGACGAAGACAGCCCGUCAUCCUCCGAUGUCUUCAGCUCAAGUCCCAGACGAAGCAGCGGCAGCGGUUACUCGACAUCAUCGUACGAAUCCAGCAACAGCGCCGAAGUAGCACCCCUGAGACCACCGCAGCUUGCCAUUGAGGAGUUCAUCGAGUCAACGCCCCAGGUCACGAGCGCCGCAGUAAUCAGGCCAAAGGCUGGCUACUUGGAGGGCAAGCUCGUGGCGUUUGUCACCUUGGCUUCUGGUCGCGUUUCUCAAUCCAGCCUCUCCAGCAUCCGCUUGAUUCCCCAGUCGCAAAUGCAUUUUGCGGGCAGCCAGGUCGCAGCGGUCCGCCUUGCUCUCGAAACCUCAGAGGGAGCUCAUUCAGUACCGAACUCAUGGAUUGUGCUCGACCAGAUGCCUUCAGACGGUGAGGGCUCCGUCGACCGAAGGCGACUUCAGACGUGGAUUCAGAACAUCAACGAAGAUAUGUAUCACCAAAUCUCAAGCCUCGAGUCUCAUGAGCUCUUUCAGGAGCCUCUGAGCGACAUGGAACGGACUUUACAAAAGGCCGUGAGCAAUGUACUCAGGAUACCGCAAAAGCAGGUUGGCAUGAACUUCUCGUUCAGCCAACUCGGCGGCGACGACAUCUCUGCGAUGAUGCUGGUCGCUGCGUGCCGGACGGAACACAUCAUUGUGAAGCCAGAGGACGUACAUCAAUGCUCAUCACUUGGCCAACUGGCCUCACUCGCCAUCCGGCAGAACAAACGGAACACCACCUGGAACGAGGAGUCUCUCGAAGGCUUCAAGCUGUCACCGAUGCAGCAGCUUUACUUUGACACGGGAAUUGGUGGUCGACUGGAACCGCGUUUGACAGCCAACGCCGGCUACCGCUUCAACCAGAGCAUCCUUCUUCGCGUCAAGAACAACUCCACCCUCGAAGACGUCCACGCCGCCAUCGCAACAGUCGUCGGUCACCACUCCAUGUUGCGCGCCCGUUUCCGCUCUGGAGCAGACGGCUGGACGCAGCGUAUUAUUCCCACAGUUGAUGGAUCUUACGGGUUCCGCUACCAUUCGGUGAGCACGACGGAAGAGGUCCUUGGGAGUAUCGCGCAGACGCAAGCCGGCAUCAACAUCGAAACCGGUCCCGUUUUCGCGGUGGACCAUUUCCGAACCCACGACGGUCAACAGCUCGUUUACCUCCUCGCUCAUCAUCUGGUCGUGGACAUGAUGUCAUGGCGUAUCAUCAUUCACGACCUCGAUGAGUUGCUGCGAGCGGGAACACUGUUCUCUGAGCGCUCAAUGCCCUUCCAGAGGUGGAACGAGCUUCAGGAGGAAUACAUCUGCAACAACCCGGAUCAACUGGCGCUUCCUUAUCAACUUCCCAGCGGCCAGUACAACUACUGGGGUCUGGAAGACUCCUUCAACACUUACAACGACAUCGCGACAGCGAGCUUCACCCUCACUCCUGAGCUGACCGCCAUUCUCCACACAGCAUGCAACCAGGUAUUCAGGACUGACAUGUCCGACAUCUACAUGGCAGCCCUGAUGCUCUCUUUCAGCCAAACAUUCCAUGACCGUCGAGCCCCAGUGGUAUGGAACCAAGAGCACGGACGAGAACCCUGGAGCCAGGAAAUCGACAUCACCGAGACCGUCGGCUGGUUCACCUCUCUUUGCCCUGUCUCUCUUCAAGUUGACAUGGGGGAUGACUUCCUCCACAUCUUGCGCAAGAUGAAGGACACGAGACGAUCCAUCACCCGUCGCGGCUGGAACUAUUUCGCCUCACGGUAUUUCGGCCCCGAAGCGUCCGCCCGCAAUGCUGAGGGCUGGCCCUUUGAGGUCAUGUUCACAUAUGCCGGCUCUGUCCAACAAUUGGAGCGAGAGAAGGGCGUAUUGGAGCAGCUCACCAUCCCUGGGAGACUACUUUCGACCGAUGCCUCUGACAUUGGCCCGGACGUCUGCAGAAUUGCACUUUUCGAGGUCUCGGCCAUGGUCGACCAAGGCGCUGCAUCGGUCCAGAUCAUUUACAACCGCAACUGCAAGCACCAGGACAAGAUUGCCGAAUGGAUCCAAGCUUAUGAACACCUUCUCUACGAGGCCAUUGGUCGGCUCAGGUACCGAGGACAAGAGCUUACUUUAUCUGAUGUUCCCAUGCUGGACACAAGCUACGAGGGUCUUGCAAAGCUCAAUACCGACCGCUUGGUUGCUCUCGGCCUUACCAGCGCCAAGGAUAUCGAGGAUGUUUUCCCGGUCACGGCGCUGCAGCAAGAGAUUCUCAUCAGCCAAACCCAAAACAUGGAAACAUGCCACAACCAUGCCAUCUAUGAGCUCUCCUCCCCCAAUGGCCUCCUCGCCGACCAGGCUCAGAUCUGUUCCGUCUGGCAGCAGAUCGUCGCCAGGUACCCGGCACUUCGGACGGUUUUCAUCGACAGCAUCUCUGACAACGGGCUCUUCGACCAGGUCGUGCUGCGGAAGUGCUCGCCCGAGAUGCUCUUCGUCGAUGCUGAAGUUGGCACAGACCCCAUUGCCGUCCUCAAUGCGUUGCCGCCGAUGAGCGCUACACCAUACAAUCCCCGCCACCGGGUAUCAGUUUGCAAGUCUCACGCUAGUACCUUCUUGAGGCUCGACAUCAGUCAUGCGCUUUGUGAUGCUUUGAGUCUGCAAAACAUCAUGUGGGAUCUGAAGCGCAUGUAUAACUCCAGCAAGCUACCUAUGAAGAUUCUCGACCCGCCGCACGCCGCCUGCCUCGAAUACAUCUCCUCAGCGCGCCAGGAAAACAGCCUCAGCUUCUGGGUCGGCCGGCUUCAGGAGACCACGCCAUGCCUCUUCCCGCGACUGACGACCAUAACUGAGGGCACCAUGCAGCACACCAACUUCUUUAUCGACCUGCCGACGGUCCAGAUUGACGAGUUUUGCCGAUGCCAGGGAAUCAGCCGGGCGACUGUUAUGCGCAUGGCGUGGGCGCUUGUCUUACGCGCUUUCACCGGAUCAAGUCGUGUCUGUUUUGGUUACCGCGCCUCGGGUCGAGAUGGCGAGGGUGCUCCUGAAGGGCUGAGCCUGUCUGUUGGUGCCUUCGAGAACACCACGACUUGCGCGAUCGGGCUUGAGAAUUACAAGACUGUCGCAGAGGUCCUCAAAACCGUGGAGGAAGACGCUGUUGCUUUUCGCCCCCAUCAGAGCGUCUGCAUCUCCGAGAUUCAACAUGCCUUGGGCCUCAAGGGGGACAAGCUCUUCAACACAUGCCUGUCUUACCAGGAGGAGCCUCACGAGCUGAAGAGCAGGUUCAGUUCGUCACGGCCGCCAAUGAGCCUCGCAUGCGUCCAAUCAUUUAAUACGCCCGAUCACGAUGUUACCUUUUCGUUGACUCUUGUCAACGGGCAGCUUGUCACUGGUGUCUCUCACAGAGUCAUGAAUGCGUCCCAGGCCCAAAACUUGACUAAUACCUUUGGUCGCGCCGUUCUCUCCAUAAUCGGCAACCCCAGCGGUCCUGUCAGCAGCAUCGAUCUCUUCACUGACAGAGACUACGCCCAGCUACUGAUCAGCGAUUGGGAGACUGACAAGGCCAAUGAGGCGUCGCAUGGAUGCGUUCACGCACUCAUCUCCCAGCAGGCCAGGCUUCGGCCUGAUGCUCAGGCCAUCUGUGCUUGGGAUGGCCAUCUAUCAUACGGGCAAGUUGGCCGCCUUGUCUCUCGUCUUGCCACAUACCUCGUGCAAUGGGGUGUGCGACCAGGAGUAGCAGUCCCGGUGAUCAUGGACAAGAACAAGUGGGCAGUGGUCAGCAUUCUGGCAGUUCUGAAGGCUGGUGGCUGCUUCGUGCCCAUCGAUGCGGAAGACAGAACUAAUGUCGAGACAUUCAUUCGCCAACUCAGUCCCAAGGUUGUGAUCUCCACUGACAUGGAUUGGAAGCAUCUCGAGUCCAUUGUCGAUGGUGUCAUCGUUGUCGACGAUACCCUUUUUACCGUCAACUUCCCGCUCGAAUCACCUCUCCCAAUGGCUGCACCCAACGACGCCGCGUGCAUUCUUCUUUCUCCUGGAUCGUCUCGCGGACGAGAAGCAAAGGGGAUCAUCUUUCACCACGCUGCUUUGUCCGCGGCGUUUGUCACCCAAGGCCGCGCUCUCCACCUUGACCCCAACAGUCGUGUCAUGCAACUGUCAUCGUUCAACGUCGACACAGCGUUGAUUGAGUUGCUGUCGACUCUUGUACAUGGCGGCUGCGUCUGCAUGCCAUCGAGUGUAGAGAGAACUAGCGAUAUUGUUGCCGCCGCACGCAGGAUGGACGUCAACUGGACCUACAUGACACCCGUUUUGGCCAGAAAGAUGACUCCCGCCGCCAUUCCUACCUUGCAGACUGUUUGCUUCCGGACGCGACGCUUGGACGAGGAUACAUGCGCUCCUUGGCUCGACAAAACCAGGGUUCUCCUCGCAUAUGGCGCUCCUGAUAUCUGCCCUCUCGGUAUCUCUGUGCUUGAGGUCACCAAAGCCGAAGAUCUUACCCGAGUCGCACGUCCCUUCCUUGGAAGAUUCUGGAUUGUCAACCCUGAAGACCAUCGCAGACUCAUGCCCAUCGGAGCAAUUGGUGAGCUCAUCAUUGAGAGUCCAACUCUUGCCCAUAGAUUCGUCCCCGGGCAGCCACUGGCACACCUACCUCAGGAUUCGGAAGUCUCGCUUGAGGACGGCAAGCCGAAGACGCGAUACUUCAAGACAGGACACCGCGUUCGCUAUAUGGAAGAUGGCACUCUCGACUUCGUCUCAAGCGGUCGUGAUGAUGUUGAAAUCAACGGCCAGAUUAUCCCAGUCGCUCAGGUCGAACAAAAGCUACGGCGUUGUCUGGGCCAAGGGAUCGACCUCGCGGUUGAUUCCAUCAUCACACGUGAUGCGCAACCUGCGCUGGCUGCUUUCGUCGAGCUCGGCGAAAAGCUCUUCGAGGGCUCGGAGGAUCUGACCAGAAUCACCAUCACAACUCGGGAGCGUACUUACAUCGCCAAGAAGCUGAUCGAGUCGUCCCUGGGCACCGGUCUGCCUGCGCAGAUGAUGCCAACCAUCUUUAUUCCCGUCAGGCAUCUCCCAGUCACCCCGUCGUUGAAGGUGAACCGUCGAAAGCUUCAAAAGAUGGCCAACUGGCUGUCGCGAGAACAGUUACUGGCACUCUCUUCCGUCCCGUCUCCAGACGAGGUGCAAACGGUCGGCAUCAAGCCCCUCCCGAUGACCCAAGUCGAAGAGCGCAUGCGAUCGAUUUGGUCCACUCUCCUGGGAGUUGAGCCUUAUUGUAUCCACGGCAACCAGAGUUUCAUCUCACUUGGAGGCGAGACCUUCCUUGCAGCCCAGCUGGUCAUCGAAUGCCGUAAGCUUGGUCUCAUCAUCUCCCUGUCCGAUGUUCUUCGUGGCGCCACUCUCACCGAUCUCUGCCAAGGCAUCACCCUCAGCGCUGAGUAUACUCUGGACACUGCCGAGCUCCAGUCUGGCCCCUCUUCUUCAGCGGGCACGUCGGAAAUGCUCUUUGAAGAGCAAUUCAUCCAAGACGUCAUAGCUCCCAAGCUGGGAAUCUCCCGAGAUGCCAUCGAUGACGUUGCCGAAGCCUCCGCAGUCCAGCUCAAGUUCCUCGAGACGGGCUUGUUGAAGGGUGCUUCGAGUCUCAGCUACUUUACCUUCAGCUUCAGCGGUGCCGUGCAUCCUAAGAAGCUCGAGGCUGUUUGUUUCUGCCUUGCGAAGAUUCAUCCCAUUCUCAGAACCGCCUUCGUCACACAUGAGAGACGUGUUUACCAGGUCGCCCUUAAGUCAUUCAUUCCCGAAUUCAGAAGAAUCGAAGUACCGACAUGGAGAGUUGCGAACAUGACUGAGAAGCUGAUCAAGAAGGAUCAAGCUGCAUCGUUCGCUCUCGAAACACCAAUGACCAAAUUCUUCUUCGUCGACGCGGGCAAGCAGUCCAACCUUGUCCUGCGAUUAUCUGGAGCCCAGUACGACGAUGCAUCGAUCUCACUUCUCUUGCAGCACUUGAAGAGUAUCUACAUUGCUCCAUCAUGUCCGCCACGAAGAGCAACAUACUUCGAUUUCGUUCGCUCCGCGCAGCUUUCUCAUGUGGCGGGCGCCUUGGAGCACUGGACUUCGCUACUUGACGGCGCCAAAAUGACUCAGGUCGUCGCACACAACAAACCUCCCGCUCUGAGCAAUAAUGUCAGGACGAUCUCCCAAAACGUCGCCGUCAUGUCGCUCGCCAACUUGGGUAUCUCAUUCGACACAGUUGUCAAGUCAGCUUGGGCAAUGGUCCUGGCCAAUCUCUCCGGCUCAGGCGACGUGCUCUUCGGCGAAAUCGUCGAAGGAAGACACCUUCGACUUGCCGAUGGGUCUGAUAUUUCUGGCACCCUCGGGCCUGUUUCAAAUGCGAUCCCAGUCCGUGUGCGUUUCGCCGAAACGCUCAGCAGUCCCCUUGAGCUCUUGAAGUAUGUCCACGGUCAGCGCGUCAUGAGCAUCCCGUUCGAGAACAUGGGAUGGCUUGAGGUCGUCGAAAAGUGCACCAAGCUCCCCUACUGGACACGGUUCAGUACCAUCAUCGAGCACCGUCACCAAGACGCGGCCAAGGAAUCUGCAGUGUUCAACAUGGGAACUAUCAAAUGCAAAUUCAACAUCCAGGAACCGACCAGUCGAGACGUCUACGAUAUGCAUGUCAUCUCUACACAGGAGAACUCGAGCUGUGCAGAGAUCUCCCUAAUGUUUUGCGAGAACCGCAUCCCAAACAUGUUUGCCAACGAGACGCUCAAAGCACUCUGCUCAACCAUCGAGCUACUUACAUCCGUCUCCAUGCUUCACCCAUUGAUUCCCUCGACUGCGGACUACUGUGCUGUCCCGCCGCAAAUUCCACUCCCCCAAAUCGAUAUGGAGCCAAAGGCAACCAACGUCGGCGCGAGCAUGCCCGAAGACCACCGCACCUCGAUUCAAAAGACCAUUUCCAAGGUCUGGACAGAGAUUCUUGAUCCACGAUCACUCGGUGUACCUGAGUCACAGCUGCCAAACGCUGCAUUCUACGAUCUUUGGGGCAGCAUGAUGCCCGCCUCCCAACUUUCACUGGCUCUUUCUCAAGAGCUGCCGAAACUGGGUAUCCCAGGCUCUCACAACUUAACCAUCACUAUGGAAGAGAUCAUGGCCCAUCCCACCAUGGCAGAGCAAUUCGAGCUGGCGGCGCGCAAGAUGCGCGAUGCGAAGCGGAGGACUAUCUCUGAGUUCAUCUCACCCAAGACAAAUCCCGGCUGGGGUCGAGGCCUCCGUCGCCUGAGCACUGCCGUUAUUCCUACCAAAACACCAGAGCGAGGUUUGAGCAGCACAAGCGCCAGUUCUUCCAGUUCGGUGGAUGUAUACCGCAGCUCUACCACAGCAAAGCAACCUUUCAUGAACUCCAUCGCAGAAAUGACGAACGGCUCUGCCUCGGUGGGCACGGCGAUAACAACUACUGCACCCGUGGAGUUGGAGACGCCGCAAACCCGAAGACCCAGGCUCAGUCUUGCCGUUCAGCACGACGGGAGCAGUAUGGAGAGCAUGACUGAUGGCAGCAGUCGCGAGGAUGAAGAGGCCGAUCGGGAGAAUGAGAGCGAGGAUGUUGUGAGUCCCAUGAGCGCUAGCACUCUGGCCGCGCCGGCUGUGAGUACGCCUGCCGAGGGAAACAAGAUUCGGAGGAAGGCUGGGAGCGUGCUUUCUCGAAUGAGCAGGAUCGGCAUAGUGAGCCCUAUCAGUGCAGGUUCCAAGGUUAGUUAA